AUGUUUCACUCCAGCCGCCUUCGGGUUAACAACGGCCAGCGGAAACCUACCUUGACUCCAGCCAGUUGUAGCUUCUUCUCUCUCGCCCUUUCGCUAUCCCUCCUCGUCACUCUCUUCACAACACCAACACUAGCACAAUCACCUUCACCCGUCCAGGAAAUGGCCUUCAUGCGUGGCGGAAACUACCUCUAUGUCCAGGGAGGCAAGUUUGUCACCAACGACGUCCAGAUCUCUGUCUCCAACCAACUCGCCGCCCUCGACCUCUCUAAAUCAUGGUCAACCAGUGCACCCGUCUGGAACAUACUCAACCCCGGCCCCGCCUAUAAUCUCUACAACGGAGUUUCGACAGCCGACAACCAGACCCUCAUCACCUUUUACAACAACCAGGCACUCUUUGUCAACAUCUACAGCGUACAAAGCAACAACUGGCAGUACACCUCUGUCAAGCCCUCUGGCGAGCUUCUCCAGGCGAUCCGGACAGUGAUCGACCCCAAAACGGGGCUAAUCUACAUUAACGGCGCCAGCAACAUGAUCGUCUUUAACCCUGCCAAUCGAGGUCUAUCAUAUACUGCUAUCCCACCCGGAGUGUUGAAUGCUCGUUUCUUUGCGGGCGCAAGUUACCAUCCUACCAGGCGGUCAAUCAUGUACAUGGGCGGCGUCACAGGAGGCCUCGCGUUCGAACCUACGACCUAUGUCACCGAGUUUCUUCUUGACAGCCAAACCUGGGCACCCUUUGUGAGUUCCUCUUCCCCCACAACUGGUGACCUGCCAACUCCUCGAAGCGACCACUGCAUGGUCAUCAGUGAAGACGGCAACACGAUGGUGAUGUUUGGAGGCAGGACACCACCCCCAGGAAACUUCACCGGCACCUUCUACAUCCUCGACGUGCCCUCAAAAAUAUGGGUCCAGGGUCCCAGCGCCAACACACGACUUUACGCUGCCUGCGCUAUUGUCGGCGACCAGUUUGUUGUCUGGGGUGGCUCUGACGGGAAGGACACUAUUGGCGGAGCGCCCAUUAUCUAUAGCUUUUCGCAAAAGAAGUGGAUCGAGCAGUAUAACCCCCCGGCCUAUUUUGCUUCUACGCCUGCACCCACCGCCCCAGGAGGAGGACUCCCGCCAUCGUCGUCAUCGUCAAACUUGGGGGGGAUCUUGGGUGGCACGCUUGGAAGUCUGUGUGUGUUGGCGAUGGCAGGAGUUGUAUACUUGUACAUGAAACGCAGGGGCGACAAGGCCAUGUACGAGUCCCAGGCUCAGCAACGUAUCAUUCGACAGGCGGUACGGACCAACAAAGCCUCCGGUGGAGGAGGAGACGGCUCUGCUGCUGGAAGCGCAAAGUUCAUGAGGUCUAACCCUCAGGUCGCAGCAACAAUGGCUACAGACAUCAACAGCUACUUAUCAGCACGCAACCCACAAGAUGCAGUCGCCAUGGGAUUACAUUUUGGACCACAUAACCGACAAGACCCUCAGCUCUUGCCUAUAUCACCGCUCAACACUCCCAUGGGUCCUGGAUUUCAACAGCAACAGUUCAGAUCGCCAGUUUUUAUUCCCACAUCAGGAUCGUUGACACCGACUAUUUUCGACUCCUCAACUAUCAACUGUAUACAGGGAGGAGGGCCUGUGCCUGUGGUGAGAUAUACGACUAUCCCUGUACAGACGACAGCAGGACUUGCAUACAUGUCUGUUCCAGUCCAGAGCACUCCCCCAUGUCCAGGCACCGUUGGAGUUGGUUCGACAGGAUACGGAUACACAUCAGUUCCAACCCAAGCGCCCGUGCAUAACUUUAACAAUGGAGGAAGGUACGCAUACACCUCUGUGCCAUUACAGUCGCCCACAGGACAAUACUUGCAGCCCGGUGGAAUUUCAGGAGGUACACCGACCAUGGGGUAUGCAGGUUUCUCGCCCGUCCAGGGCAGUGAUCAUGACAGUAGCCCCGGAUCAGUCCAUCGUCCCCUUGUAGUUUCUGGUAGUAGUGGUGGUGGUACUGCAGGGCAUUCUUAUCCUGGCACACCUGUUACUUCUAGUGGCGGUGGCGGUGGUGGUGGAGACUAUUACUACCCGCCUCCACCCCACCCUGCCGCCUCUGGUCCAUAA